CAGGUAUUUAUUUGUUAGUCAAGGUGCGUCAAGAUGGAGACGCAGUCUGUCGUUACUAUUGCCUGCGCCCAAUCAAACUUUCGCUGAUUCUUGGACUUCUACCUUUCACUAUCAUCGCAACAUGGUUCCAAAAUGGACUCGCCCUUUCCACCCUCAUCCUCCUCUCCUGGCGAUGGCCGCAUCGUCGUUGGCCUGCUCCCUGCCGGCGAGAGCGGUCUUGAGACCAUGACUUAUCAGUAUCCUUUGAAAUUAAUAUCCCCGGCUCCUUCGUCUAACCAGCCAAGCACUCUCGUUUUCCUGUUAUCUUAUGGAGGGGGGCUUGUUGCUGGAGACGGUGUUAAUCUGACAAUACACGUCAAGCCGCAGGCGAAGCUCAGCAUCGCUACCCAAGGUCACACAAAGAUUUUCAAAUCGCCUACAGCCGACGUCAUUACAACUCAAAACUUGGACGUUACUAUAGACGAUGAUGCUUCUAUGUGUCUCCUUCCGGACCCUGUCCAGCCGUUCGAGGAUAGUGUAUACGCCCAGAAGCAAAUAUUCAAGCUCAGAAGCCAAGCGUCGCUCUGUCUCUUGGAUUGGGUCACCCAAGGGCGUGUGGCUCGUGGAGAGAACUGGAGCUUCAGGAAAUGGACAGGACGGAACGAGAUAUGGCUACAAGAUUCUGAAACAACUUCGGCUGAUAGACUUCUGGUACGAGACUCAAUCAUCCUAUCGAGAGAUGCGAGUAAGUCCGUGGGUCGCACACUACCAGAAAUGAUGCAGCAUAUGGCGAUAUCAGGAACUCUCAUAUUGCGCGGAUCCAAGACCAAAUCGUUGGGGGAAUUCUUUCAGGAUGAGUUUGCUGCACUUCCUCGCAUUGGAGCCCGGGACUUCCGCUCACCAGAAGCGAUGGCGCGAAGCAUCACAGAUGUUUCUGACUUCGAGCGUUGGCGACUACAGAGACUCAAAGAGGAGAAAGAAGGUGGUGUCCUCUGGUCUGCAGCCAACGUUCGAGGGUGCAUGGUUGUCAAGUUUGGGGCAAAAACGGUUGAAGCCGGAAGAGAAUGGAUUGGAUCAAUGAUUAUUCAGGAAGGGAGCAUUGCUUCUGAAUUCGGUGACAAAGCACUGAUGUGUCUUCGAUGAUACAAAGCCUUGGCUGCCAUCACAUGAAGAAUAGGGACGUGUUUUUUCCGGCACUUUUGAGAAGUAUACCGAUUGGAUAUGCACAAUCAAUUAACGACACCAUGUUGCCAGAUUUAGAAGGCACAUCGGUACAUUCUUUGUCUAAUUGUUGCAGAUGCGGGAACAGUGUGGCUGGU